CGGAUAUACAGUGAAACGACAGAUUCUGUCGCCAAGACGCAAGAUGAAGAUGAUCCUUGUUUUCCUGUUUUUUCUGUGUACCACAGUUGCUGGAGUUCUUGGUGCCGCCGAAACAUGCGCUGCUGUAAAUGGCAGCUGUAGUAGCAAUGGUGGAACAUGUGCAACUGAGUGUGUAGCCAAAGCCAAUGUUAAAAAUGGCACAGUUGCACCUACUUGUCCGUGUUCUACUCCUACUGAAGGUUGUUCCUGGAAAUGCCAAGGUGCCACCGAGAAAUGCGCUGCUGUAGAUAACCCUUGUGGUAACAAUGGUGGAAAAUGUGCUACUGAGUGUGUAGUAACAGCCGAUGUCAAACAUGGCGCAGGUGAACCUACGUGUACGUGUGCUACUGCUGGUCAAAGUUGUUCCUGGAAAUGUCAAGUUGCCACCGAGAAAUGCGCUGCUGUAGAUAACCCUUGUGGUAACAAUGGUGGAAAAUGUGCAACGGAGUGUGUAGUAACAGCCCACGUUAAAACUGGCGCAGGUGCCCCUACGUGUACGUGUGCUACUGCUGGUCAAAGUUGUUCCUGGAAAUGUCAAGUAGGAGGAGGGGGAUCAGGAACACAUGGUCAACCAUCAAAUACGGGUGCCACCGAGAAAUGCGCUGCUGUAGAUGACCCUUGUGGUAGCAAUGGUGGAAAAUGUGCAACUGAGUGUGUAGCAGCAGCCAGUGUUAAAGCUGGCGCAGGUGCCCCUACGUGUGCGUGUGCUACUGCUGGUCAAAGUUGUUCCUGGAAAUGUCAAGGUAGCGAUGGAAAAAACAGCCCAACAAAGUCAGGCACUGGUUCCAUCAAACACGGUUUAUCUCCCCUUAUACUGAUGUGUGGAAUCCUAGCCAAGCUGCUUCUGAGUGCAUGAUUGGGGUAUUUUCUCCACAAAGUGUGUCAUCCUGAUACAUGUACCAGAUACAUCACCCUUCGAACAAAAUGACGGAUGACAUCGUUCAAUAUAUUCUUUUUAUAAUCUAGUGUUACGAAAAUGACUUUGCUAUCUUUAUUUGAUCAUAAGAUCGAUUUUUAUCUAUUCUUCAUAUCAAAUUAUACAUUAUAUUACGGUGUGUAUUUUAGAGGAAUCGGCAAAUUCGUUUCAAGAUAUCUCUCAUAAAACAACAAUUGUUGCAUAAAUCAAAAAUGUCUAAAACAUUUAAAAUUUUAAUGGGAUUGAGUGGUUUAUAAAAGUAUAAUGUUUUCUUUUGUUAAACCAAUGGUCUAAGAAAUGACUGUGUGAUGUUUUUUUAUGAUUUUUGAACGAAUGCUUAAACAGAUAUAUAGCAGUUGAAUCAUAUAUGAUAAUUCAAGAAUUUUGCAUGCAUUGAAACACAUUUGUGCAAUGUGAUGAGCUGCAAUUCUGAGUCGUUUUUUUCAUGUGUCCAUUUUAUUUAUUUAUGUAGUUUGAUAGCUAAUAUAUUGUUGCUGCGUUGUUACAAAUAAAUAUGCACAUGUG